AUGGGUGGUGCGCUCUCCACUGAUGACCCGGAGCAGAGAGCUUCCUCAGUGGAGGAGCUGAACCAACGCUUGGCUCACCGAUUCGCAGCCAAAUGCUUCGAACCGCUAGAACUGACCCAUCUGAAAGAGAAUUUCUUUUCCAGAGCUCUAGACCAGCAUGGCAUUCGUUAUUGGAAUGAAGAAAUAUUAUCAGAGUUUUUGGGUAUCCCCGACGGUGCGGGUUCGGCAGCAGCUGCAACCAGCGAUGGGUCACUCGAUGCAGGACCGGUCAUCUUCCGUAUGGUCUCCUAUCUCGGCGCAUUUCCAUUCCAAAACACCAUGGCACCAACAGUAUUGACGUUCGAGUCAAUGGUUAAAGUGGUUGUGCUGCUUACUGAGAGAUAUGGGAAAGUCCUGAAGCGAGGGAAGAAGGAUCGGAUUAAACUACUUUUCGGUAGCCUCGCGGAUGUUGGACGAAGGGAUAUUAUCACGCAAUUGAAAGAAGCCACAGAGGACUCGUUGGAAUCGAUUGGUCCCUUCGAUCCUAAAAGUGCAAGUCCCUCCACUCAUAAUACAGGGUUCUUAGUGGAUCAACCUCUUAACGAUGAGGACGAGGAGGACGAUGAUGAUCUAGCUAUUGCAGCCUUGGAAUCUCUUGAUGCGAUUGAAGUAUUCAAACACGACCAACGCAUUGAUAAAACCGUCUACGAGUCAAAGAUUUCGCUUACUACCUUUCGACGACUUCUAACGUUACUUCUUGUUACGGCGCCACUACGGCCGCUAGGAAGAGUGUCAAAGUUCACAACAGGAUUGAGCAAACCUUCACUAGACGCUGUACAUGAACAGGUGGACAGUAUUCUUGCGGCGUUAGAACCUGGAGAAGCAAGCGAUGGCAUUGGAUAUAAAUCGUUCUCCAAGCUGGUAUCGACGUCACUCCCGUAUCUUUUUGACCCCUUAACUCCCUUGUUUGAGCAUCUACUUUUCAGCAAAAAUCUCGAUCUAUCACGGAAACGUGACUCUCAAACUACCAAUGGCCUGACGAACAAGCCCGUCCCAACCCCUCCUUCAACCCCUCCAAUCUCUCCUCCCUUAUCGCCUGUCAUUUCAACUGGAGGUUUCGACUCACGUAUUCUAAAUCCUGCCGUACUAUCCCACCUCUCCUUUUUCGUUUCAACCAAUGUUCACAUACCAAAUAUAUUCCGCAAUCGCACUCACCUCCACCCAGUUUUUUCAUCGACAGAACACGGUGAAUCCUUAACAUCCUUCUCCCACCACGUCAUGACCUGGCAAGCCCCGUCAAUCCUGUUAGUCAGAGGAGCGGUGGUCUCCGAAUCCAGCGAAGAACAAUUGACCACGAUCGGUGCUUACCUCCCACAACCCUGGAAACAAACCUCGUCAUAUUCCUCACGCCGAUCAUCCGAAGUUCCUGAUCCAUCAACCCUCCCUUGUCUCUUCGAGCUGUCUCCAGUCCACACUGUGCUCCAAGGCUCGCCAUCCUUCUCAUCGCUAAAACCUAACAUGCCGGUGAGCCACUUCUCAACUAAAACCGGCAUAGCAAUCGGCUGCGUGAUUCCACCGUCAUCCCGAAAGUCCCUUGGAAGUGAUCUCCACCCUAAACCUGCCGGUGGCGGCAGCCUCCUCAUCGACUCCGCCCUGGAAAACGCCACUUUCAUAGUCUCCAACGGCCUCAACGGCCCAGGCGUAUUCCUCCCCCCUGGCAUCUCUCCUGUGCUAUCUUCGACGUCCCUAACAGCAUCGGUAGCAUCUAUGUCUUCCUCUAAUCAAAACAUUACAAAGUCCAUAUCCAUUUAUAAUCUUGAAGUGUGGGGCAUCAUCCCCUCCACCUCCCUCGCAACCCAACUCGAUGGCUCCGGGUCCCCCAUCGAGAAACGGGACGCGAUUUCCUUGCAGCGCGCUCAAUGGGAUUUCGAAGCGCGCGAGGCGGAACGCCGACAGGCGAUUAAUAUGAAAGUGGGUGGUGGGGAGGCGGACGUACCUACUGGUAGAGCGUUACUGGAGAUGGCGGGGAUUAUUGGCGAUUCAUAUUAUUCGGGACACCACCGUCAUUGA